UUUCAACUGCCUCUGAAGGAGCAUCUUCCUUUUCUACUUUAUCCAUGUCAUCUCCUGAUUUAGCCUCUCCAAAGAAAUCAGUUCACCUCUUACCUCCGAUUCUGGCUGAACCUUCCUUCUGGACUUUGUCACAGCAACAGUUGUCUUCUGCCUCCUUUAAAGUUAGAGAUAAGACAACCAAGGCUCAUCACUCCUUUGUUCCUAGGGGCCCAGUGUCUUCUUAUGAAGAGGAAAAUGACAACCUCAAUAUACUGAAAAUUCUUCCAGAUAACUCUGAUUCUGCUAAAAAGACCACAAGUCAUAUUUCUAGCAGUAAUGGCAUAGAGUUUUCCACUCAAAAUAUAGACUGCCUCACCCCUCUGUCCUGUUCUAGUUUUCAGAGUAGGGAACCUGAAGCAAACAAUUCUAUUAAAGUUCUUCUAGGGGAGGUAAAAAGUGCAAUAGUUAGAUUGCAUGAAGAUUUGAGCACUGUGAUACAGGAACUUAAUGUCAUCAAUAAUCAUCUGGUAAGCAUGAGUGGGAAUAGUCCACAAGUGAGCCAAUCUUUGCAGGUUCCCCAGUCUUCUGAGGGGAGCUCAGAUCAAAUCUAA